UUGUUUCUUAACAUCACAAAAAUACUAAUUUCCUUGAGUGCAAUCUAAUGCACGAUGUGCUGUACUGCAGCUGAGGACUGUUAACGUACUUCCUUCAAAGUUGUGAAAUUGCAGGUGGAAUCAAACUGAACGUAGAGGAGUGGCCACAUUUCUUGGCGUUGAACUGGGGAAGGGUUACGUUUAGUUGAAAGAUAAGCCAAAGAAGAACCUUUGUACUUCUAGAAGUUCUGAAACGACACAGAGGAAGCAAAUACGGUGGAUUACAAAGUUCUACAUCAUGAGCACUGCAGGGAAAGUCAUUAAGUGCAAAGCUGCCAUUGUCUGGGAAGUCAAUAAACCAUUUAGUAUUGUGGAAAUAGAAGUUGCCCCACCUAAGGCACACGAAGUUCGUAUUAAGAUUUUGGCGUCUGGAGUCUGUCGCUCCGAUGACCAUGGGAUAAGUGGGGCAAUGCACGUAAAAUUCCCCAUUAUUCUUGGUCACGAGGCAGCUGGUGUUGUGGAGAGCGUUGGGGAAGGGGUUACCUGUGUGAAACCAGGAGACAAAGUCAUCCCACUCUUUGCCCCACAGUGUGGAGAAUGCAGCGCCUGCAAACAUCCCAGAGGCAAUCUGUGCAAAAUGUGCGACCUUGGCGGCACUGGAUUAAUGCCCGAUGGCACCAGCAGGUUGACUUACAAAGGCCAGCAGAUCCACACCUUUGUCAGCACUGGAACCUUCACAGAAUACACCGUGGUGCAUGAGUCUGCGGUGGUCAAAAUUGAUGCUGCUGCUCCUCCAGAAAAAGUGUGUCUGAUUGGCUGUGGGUUUUCUACUGGCUAUGGUGCUGCCAUCAACAGUGCAAAGGUGGAGCCUGGUUCAACCUGUGCCGUUUUUGGUCUGGGAGGAGUUGGCCUCUCAACUGUCAUGGGCUGCAAAGCAGCUGGAGCUUCCCGAAUCAUCGGGGUCGACAUCAACAAGGAUAAAUUUCCCAAGGCUAAAGAGAUGGGAGCUACAGAGUGUGUCAACCCUCUGGAUUUCAAGAAGCCCAUCAAUGAAGUGCUGUUUGACUUGACAGACGGUGAAGGUGUUGACUAUUCAUUUGAAGUGAUUGGGCGCACAGACACCAUGACUGCUGCCUUGGCUUCCUGCCACAUGAAUUAUGGGACCAGCGUGAUUGUCGGAGUGCCCCCUUCAGCUUCUGAAAUUACCUUCUCUCCAGCACUUAUCUUCACGGGUCGCACUUGGAAAGGAUCUAUAUUUGGAGGUUGGAAAAGCAAAGAUGCUGUUCCCAAGCUGGUUUCAGAUUACAUGGGGGGGAAGUUUGUUCUUGAUCCACUAAUUACCCAUACUUUGCCUUUUGAUAAAAUCAACGAGGGCUUUGAACUGCUGCGUUCAGGGAAAAGGUUUUACAUAGACAAGAUGGUGCUUUGGGGCCCUUGUGAAUCCACAAUCCUAUUUUAAGUUGUGCCAUUUACAACCCAUGAACUGAAGAAAGGUACUUGGAUACUUUUUGCUAUGUUUGGAUAAUCGUGGAAAUGAUUCCUAAGGUUGAACCCACUUCUACCCCUCAAACGCCACAGGUAAAGUUUGUUUCCAGGCAGCACCACUUCACAGGUUGCAGGCUGCGGCUUGCUUGAAUCUUCCUCCGCGCAAGAUAUUCCCUGCACUUGGAAAACCGGCAUGUCAAGGACAAGGAUAGGUUGGAAAAGCCGUUCCCCCUGACGUUAUUUGGGUCAUAUGCAAUGACCAGGGUUCCCUUAAAUCCCUGUACAGUGGUACCUCGUGUUACAGAUGCUUCAGGUUACAGACGCUUCAGGUUACAGACUCUGCUAACCCAGGAAUAGUGUAGCGUGGGACCUGGAAACCUUAGUUCAGUGGGUUCUCAAAAAUCACAAACGUGGUUGUAGAGAAAUUGAGAGUAAGGUUUAUUGCUGAGCAAUAAAUGUCCAGUGAGUAACCUCAGAAAGUCUGGACCCUGAUCAAUGGGUGUCCAGGGUUUUUAUAGGUUUACUAGUGUCAUUGAGACCGUUAAAUAAAUGGGCGCUAGAAUAUAUGUUGUCAAACAUUUGUAAAAACCCUCGUGAGCGGAGCCGCACGCGCGCCUGCCUGUCACUUGC